AUGGGCUUCAAGGGGCCUGCUUUCACAUGGAAAAGGGGAGCCAUUUGGGAGAGGCUUGAUAGAAUGUUGGGAAAUGAUGCAUGGUUUAACCAAUUCCUCCUCACCUUUGUUACUCAUCUUAGUCUUGCUGGCUCAGAUCAUAGGCCUAUGCUUAUCAACAUUACUUCUACUGAUAAUCAUACCUCCUCCCCCCCUUUUAGAUAUCUCAACAUGUGGACUGCACACCCUUCUUACAACAAGUACAUUGCUGAUUUAUGGAAAGGAGAGGCAGAAAAUGAAGUCAAAAAAUUGGAGCAUGAGGAACAGAUUAGCAAUGUGAAGGAAAAGGAAUUGUUGAUUGCUCAGAACAACCUUCUUUGUGCCAUUAAAUAUCAGGAAAAAUUCCUUAAACAUAAGGCUUGGCUACAUGAUAAUGCUGAUAUAGCCAAUGAUGCCAUAAGUUAUUAUAAAGACUUGCUAAAUCAGGAACAUCACUUCAGACCCCCUAUUGAGAAGACACAUUUCCUUGCUGAACUGAACUACACUACUAGCCUCAAGCUCUCAGAUAUCCUCAAUGAAAAGGAAAUUUGGAAUGCAAUCAGCUCAAUAGACAACAACAAAUCUGCUGGCCCUGAUGGCUUCACUGCUGGAUUUUACAAAAAUUCCUGGGAGAUUAUAAAGGCUGAUGUUAUUGCUGCAGUAACAAGCUUCUUUCAAGGCAAUAAUCUUCCAAAGUAUUUUUGUGCUUCCACCACUGUACUAAUUCUUAAAUCUGAUAUACAAUAG